GACGUGGAUUAAAGGUCAGUAAUAUUGAGUAUAAAAGAAGAAUACGCGUUUUUUUUUUCUUUUUACUUUCUUUCUUUCUCUUUAUUGACCAUGGCCCAAAAGAAAGCAACAUGUUAUAUACUCAACGCCUCUCAUUCCAUGUCCUUUGAGUUUCCGACUGCCUGUAAGACUUUAAUGGAGAACAUUGAAGACAAAUAGGUCCUUAGCGGUAGAAAGACAGAUAUGGUCUCUGUUAUUUUGGCAGGCACACCUGAGACUGACAACAUAUUGGCAAACGAAACACCUGGUCAAUAUGAACAUGUUACUAGUUUAUGUCCUAUCUCACAGCCCAAUCUGGAUUUGUUAAGACGACUAAGAAAUAUUCAGCCUACAACAGAUACAGAAAUAAAAGCAGAUGUGCUUGAUGCUGUGAUUGUUGCGAUUCAGACAAUUACUCUGCAUUGUAGAAACCUAAAAUAUUUGAAGAGAAUCACACUGUUUACAGACGCAAAAGGAGAUAUUGACUGGUUUGAUCUAGAAGAAGUGGGUAAAAUGCUCAAAUCAAAUGAUAUUGGAUUGACAGUCAUCGGCUCAGACUAUGGCUUAUAUGAUUCACCUGACUGUCCAGAGACUAUUAGCCAAAAUUACAAAAACUGGACUAUCAUGGCCAAUGAAUCAAAUGAAGGUGAAGUGAUGAGUCUACAGGAAGCCUAUGAGAUCACCCAAGAGGAUUAUGCAAAAGAGAUCCGCCCUACACCAGUCUAUCGAGACUAUCUUUAUUUAGGUGAUCCUCAGCAUAAUACAGAGUUCUUGGCUAUUAGUAUCAAUAUGUAUUUGCGCACAAAAGAAGUCAAACCACCUUCUAGUACGAAAUGGUCUGCUUUAAGUCAAGGUGGCACCCAUACUGUUGAAAAGGACUCUAGAUAUUUACUUGAUGUACCUACUCAACAAGAUGCUAUGGAUAUGCCAAUGGAUACUGAAGAAAAAGAAGUAGGAAAAGAAGAUUUAGAAAAGGCAUAUAAGUUUGGUAAAUCAGUAGUCAAGAUAUCAGAAGAAGAACUAGAGUUUCAUCAAUACAAAUCAAAGAAAGAGAUGACCAUUCUUGGUUUUGUACCUGCAACUACGUUUCCUCGUCAUUAUUUGUAUGCCAAUGCUAAUAUUAUUACUGCUGGCAGUCUUCAGGUGGCUGAGAGUACAAAGGCUUUGAGUGCAUUAGCUUAUGCUCUGUAUGAAAAAGAUUGUCUGGCUCUUGUUCGUUAUGUGUCUAAAGAAAAUGGUUAUCCUAGAAUUGGUGUCUUGAGACCUGAAUUAGUUGUAGGAUCAGAUGAAAUGCCAGAUACUUUACUUUUGCAGUUCUUUGAUAUUCCAUAUGCAGAAGAUAUUCGUGACUAUAAAUUCAAAGCAAUUAAAGACCCAGAUAAUGUAGAUCCAAAAGGAAUAAACAUGAUGGAAGACUUGGUUAAUUCAAUGAAUCUAGAUCAACUAGGAAAAGAUUAUUUACAGCCUGAAGACAACUUUAAUCCCAUCAACUGGCGUUUUAACAAGGCCAUCAAAAACCGUGCACUUAAUCCUAAUGCUCCUAUACCAGACAUUAAAGAAGCUCAUAAAAAGCAAUUUGAGAUUGCACCUGAAUUAAAAGAGAAAGCAGGUAAUUUGGGACAGCAAAUUUCCGAGUAUUAUCAGAUUAAGAAAGUUGCUGAGAAGACAAAGCCAAAAAGACAGUUUCAAGAUAUGGGUGAGACAGAACAACAAGUUGCCAAUAUCCAAGAUAUUCUUCAAUAUGCCAAUUCAAAUGAUAUGGAUAUUGUCUCUCAAACGACGAACACUGUUGAAGAAGUAGGCUUAAUUACACCUAUUGAAGAUUUCCGCGCUUUGCUCAACAAGCCAUCGAAUGUGGAUAUGGUUGGUUCUGCCACUAAGCAAAUGACGCAGGUCAUUAUGAAACUACUUGAGAUCUCAUUUGGCAAUCAAAAUUAUUCUAAAGCUAUUCGUUGCCUACAAGCACUUCGAGAGACAUGUACAAAGGAAGAUGCUGCCAUGGUAUAUAAUAACCAUGCUCGAGAAUUAAAGGUCUGGUGUAAUCUGUCCAAUGCAUCCUCUCCUCGCCGUGAAUUCUGGUAUAUGCUCAAGGCUGAACACUUGGGUUUAAUUACCAAUGAAGAAUGCGAUGACACAGACAUUAUUGACAUAACAAAGCAAGUUGCUGAACAAUUCUGGGAUGAGCAUGAAGAUGAUAUUCUUCAUAAAAAAGAACAAGGAGAAGAAGAAGUUGUCAAGUUUGAUGCAGAUGAAUUGGUAUAUAACACUCUACUAAACUUGCUUUCACUCAUUCUUUUAUAG